AUGACCGGUUUCACUUAUGCCGAGCCUGCGCUCUGCCCGAUUCCAUUGGAACUAUUAGUAGAAAUCGCCUCGCAUCUAUCCCGCGCAGACCGAGCCCGACUUCUGCGCGUGAACACGUUCUUCCACUCAGCCCUCCUCCGGCACCUGUACGCUGAGGUCAUUGACGUGGCUGCGUUCCACUCGCGUGCUGGAAUUCGACACCAUCGCCCGCCCCUGGAGAAGUACGCACGCCAUGUGCGAUGUCUGGAAGUGAUGGCGAAGCCCUUCGCGUGCUGUGAGGGACCAUCACACCCCUUGCCUGGACUGCAGGUGAUGAGGCUUGAGUACGCCGGCCUGGACCUCGACACAGCCAGCGAGGACCUGCGCUUCUGCUCACUAGGGACCCAUAGGCCCAGCGCCGUUGUGAUCUGCUCGCCCAGCACAACGAGGAAGGACGCGGCGCCGGCUCGCAAAAUCGCGGCCGAACUCGAGGCGGCGGAACUCGUGAUUCUGCUCCGCGAAAGGUCAGAACGACUCGUCGGCGCACUCCUCGGGGCGUACACGCCCAAAAACAGGAGUGAAGUGACAAUCGUUCUGAAUCUGAUCGCUAAGCCCAACGCAACCGUUGACGCACUGCUGGAGAUGUGUCGGUGUCUUGCCAACUUGGACCAGAAGCCGCUGGACAAUCACCAACUCCGGAAGGUACGCUUCGUGGUCGGAGGCGUCGAGUUCUUGGAUGCCGCUCGCGAGGAGCUGCUGAGGAGCUUGGAGAAGCACAUGUCGAAGCACCGCUCAGUCGCCGCGUUGCCCGACGCUAUCAGCAUCCCGGACACGAAUACGGAAUCCGCGGCGACGCAGGCACCCUAUUCACACCCCGUUGUUGUCGAGGAGGUCCUCCCCCCGCCCGCCAUCGAGCUACUUCAUCUGGACGAAUAUGUCCGUGAGAGAUCACGGGUCCUGUCACGGGACGAUUUCAACAAGCACUACACCACUCUCAAGUACAAUAAGACGGUGCAGCUUAGCGACGUCUUGUGGCUUGUCGCCGCGCACAAGGACAUGCCUCCGGCCACUACACUCCUGAAGCCCACCGAGUACGACUUGCGCCGGACCUGGUGGGGCAACGGCGACGACAUACCCUAUCAAUACGGUUCGCCAGGUGGCGGAUACUCGCUGUACUCCCCAGGCUCCGAGGCGUACGGCCUGGAUUGGGAUGAGCCCGCCUCACCGGGCCCUGACAACGCGUACCCCGAGUUCACCGACGAAAGCUACCAAGGCCCGUACGAGGAAGCGGAUGACGGCCCCGGCCUCGACCCGAAUGUCGACUGGCAGGCGAUGUUUGACCGCGAUGACUUCGAAGACGCUAUGGAUGAGCUGGAUCGGUGCGAGGAUGAGGACGCGAGGUACAACCAAGAGGAGUACAUCCGCGAACGGUUUGGCGGGAGUCCCGCGACCGUUGGAGCAAGGCUGUGCGGCUGGAGGAGAGAGGGUGAGGAUGGCACCGAGGGAGGCGAGGGAGACGGGGACCAAGAAGAAUGGGAGGAUGAGAUCGAGGGCGAACAGGUGCUCUACCAAGGCCGGGGGACAAACGACUCCUCGAGGAAGCCUGUGCACACAAUCGGGAUAUACAUCCACAGUCCAAGGGAUGCCUGCGGGGAUGGAGAGAACGACCGCCAUGGCUGUAAUCCUGACGCGGGUGACCGCCGUGAGGGGGACCACAGCGGCUAUGCCGAUGACAACGUGGACGGCGAAGACAGCUGCCUGGACCAGGAGGAACUCGAAUUGCCGGAGGGCAACUGCCUGGAGCAAGAAUCUGACUGCGAGGACGAUCCUCCUGACGAGGACGAGGAUGACCUCGACGAUGACGUUGGUAUCGACGGGGACGAAGACGACAUAGGCGACGAAGACGACAUUGAUGACGAAGCCGACAACGGUGACGCAGACGACAUCGACGACGAUGACUACGACGACUAUGAUGAGGAGGAAGGGGAAGAACUUGACGAGGAUCCCGCCGAGCAUGAAUUCCACGACGAGCCAGGAGAGCAAAAGGCCUUUAGUGAAACCGACUGGAAAGGCGACUACGCCGACGAAGAAGGAGCCUACUCCGAGGAGGCGGAGCAUCUAGACUAUCUCGCAAAUCCAGAGGAGGAAGGCUUGGAGCGGGACGAUUCAAACAGGGAGGAUGGCUACAACGAUAGUGAAGACGGUCUCGAGCGCGAUUACGACGGUGGAGGUCCUGAGGACGAAGGCAGUGUCGGAGACUAUGGGAGCGCCGGCAACGACGGCGGAUACGACAGUGGUGCCUACGACGACUCUGCCUUUGACGGCGGCGAGGACGACAAUGGUGCCUACGACGACGGAGGCUAUGAUGAUGGUGGCUACGACGAUUACGACGACGGUUACUACCAUGACUCCUAG